CGCCAAUGGGGAGCGGGUAUGUUGGCAGGGGCUGGGAGGGCAGAGGCGCUGCUGGCAGCCGGUGCAGGAGAGGGGCGCGGCGAGGAUAGGGCGACCCCCGACGGCAUGGGCAGCUGCGAGAGCAGCCAGGGCCGCAGGAAGGUGUCCUUCGAGGUGGACGAGCAGGACCGAGUCCGGGUGCUGCAGGGCAUCAGGCUCACUGAAGAUGUAGUGAACAGGAUGAAAGGAUCCUCUCCAAGUAGAAGGGAGAACCAGAGAGCUCCCCUUGCAUCUGAUGGCACAGGUCCCUCCUCCCUGGCUGUAGAAGGGAAACCCAGACCUACAGGAAUUCAGCCACCAAAGGAAAGUGACUCUACUGCAGAGCAGGAGCUCUAUAGGAGGUACUUGCAAGAGCAGACACUGGUCCAAGAGGAGUUGGUUCGGCUGGCCAAGAGAGAAAGGGAAGCAGCCAGUGAGGCCAGGGAAAGGUUUGGCAUUAUUGAGGAGAGGCAGAGAGCAGCCCAGCUGGCUGUGGAGCUGCAAGGCUGGGAGGCAGACCUGAAGCGACAAGAAGCCUUCUACCAAGAGCAGCUGGCCCGCAUUGAGAGGAAGAAUGCAGAGAUCUACAAGAUGACAUCCGAGCAGUAUCAGGAGGCAGUCACCAAGGCAGAGGAACGGAUAAAGAGGAGGAAUGCUGAUCCUGUCUGUGCAAACCUGCAGUCUGAAAUCCUGAAGUGCUACCAAGAAAACAAACGUGAAGUGCUCAAAUGCUCGGAGCUGGCGAAGGAAUAUCAGCGCUGUGUUAGUGCAGCUCAGAAGUAUCCUGGCCUAGUGAGCAGCGUAAUCCAUCAAAGGAGAUACCUGACAGCAUCAGGACUCGAUACCAGAUGAUUGUCAACUGAAGAGCUGUUUGUUAAUUCUGGAUAAACAUCAUCUGCCAGAGAGCAGAGGACAGGGACCAUGGACACCCUUGGAACCUCCAGCAUCCCUCUGGACAGACACUGACCAAAACCAGUGCCUUCUGCCCUCCAUGACCAAGAAAAUACAACAUGAUUCCUCUACUAGCUGCCUGCAUGUAUCAGUCUCUGUGGGUGUUCCUGGGGUUGGGAGAAGGGUCCCAGGAGCAGGGGAUGCUGUAGUUUCUUUUCAUUGUUUUGCAAUGUGUUGACCCUGGGUGCUUCCAGCAUAGCUUUUAGCUUAGGGUAUUGCUCCAACACAAGCCUGGUUCACCCCAUUCUAACUUUGGCUUCACCAACAUCUGAGUUUCAGGAGCUGUUGCCUCUGUUUGUUUGCUCUGGAGAGAGGCGUCCCAAGUAUUUGGAAGUAACCCUGAGUAGCUUGUUAGGAUUAACUGUUCCUAGCAUGCUCCCAUUGGUUACACCAGCAGGCACAUUCCUUCCCUUCCAAGGUUCCCUCCUAAACAAUAAAGUGUUUAACAGUCA